AGUAGCAGCAUGGAGGAUGAGUUUUCUUGCCAGCUCAAAAAAAUGGCCUUGGCCAUGGGUGCAUCCCUGACGGACAAAGAUAUUGACCUGUUGCCCUCAGAAAUGAGGCAUCAUGCUUCAUUCAACUAUGCCAAGUUCUUUGAAUAUAUGCAGAAGUUUCUGACAUCAGAGGAGAGGGAGACUAACUUGCGUAAAGCCUUCAAAUUGCUUGACAAGGAUGACAGUGGUUUCAUUGAAUGGAAUGAAAUCAAGUACAUCCUAGCCACAGUUCCCAGUAACAUGCCAGUUGUCCCCUUAUCAGAUGAAGAAGCAGAAGCUGUGAUCCAGGCAGCAGACACGGAUGGCGAUGGGAGGAUCGAUUUUCAAGAGUUUUCUGAUAUGGUCACAAAGGAGAAGAUUCCAAAGAAAAAAUAG